UUUUCGGUAGAAAAACAAAACAUUCGGGGGUGGUGUUGAGUUACUCAAUCUGGACCAGCGUUUCUCAGGUCUGCUGCAGUGGUUUCAUAAGCUGUACCGUAUAACUCGGCAGUUAUACCCGGGGUUUGGCACGAUGCUGAGCGCCGCCGCCGCGGAGAGGAACAAGGAGCCCAUCCUGGCGGUGCUCCGGGAGACCGUGAACACCGGGAGACCCCUGCAGGCUCUGGAGAUCUCCUCCGGUACCGGGCAGCAUGUCAUACACUUCGCCCAGGCCCUGCGGAAUAUAACUUGGCAGCCUUCAGAGUAUGACCAGCAGUCUCUGGAAAGCAUAGAAGCGUACAGAGCUCACUACCGGCUGAACAAUGUGAAGCCUGUCAUUCACCUGGAUGCUUCUCUGCCCCAUCAGUACUGGGGAGGGAUCCAGCCAGAGAGCCUCGAUCUGGUAGUCAACAUCAACAUGAUGCACAUAUCUCCAAUAGCUUGUACAGAGGGUUUAUUCAAAGGGGCCGGGGCAGUGUUGAAGCCGCAAGGUCUUCUAAUGACAUAUGGGCCCUAUGCAGUGAAUGGUCAGAUCACCCCACAAAGCAACGUUGAAUUUGACUACAGCCUGCGGCAGAGAAAUCCAAAGUGGGGACUCAGGGAUAUCUCCCUCCUGAGCUCUUUAGCACAAAGAAAUGGUUUAUUCCUGGAGAAAAUAGUGGACAUGCCAGCAAACAACAAGUGUCUUCUGUUCAGGAAGGAGAGUUUGGUGUGAAGUAUCCUGUUGCUCCUUUACUGGAUGCGGACCAGUUUCAGAGCAGAAUGGUCAAAGCGCCUUAACUUGAAGCUCAGACACAUUGCCAAAUUUUCCAGAACUGUAAAUGAAUCAUGUUUCCACAUAUUCUAUUACACAUAGACAUUAGAUGAAAUAAUUAAAUCUGAACUGUUAUAGUCUAAUCUAUGAAAAACUAUAUUGCACACAUGAGUAAAAUGAAUAAGGCUCACAGAUAUGUUGCUUGUGUACGACAUUUAAGUUGACAGCCUGCUACUCUUUUUUAAAUUUCUUCAUUCAGUUUGCAGACUGUCAGUAAAACAAAGUUAGCAGAAGUGCUUUGCAGAGAGAUGCAACAGAAUGUGCUGUACAUUAGAUUUUGAAAGUACAUAUAACACAAGAGAAUCUAUGUGAAACACCUAUUUAGAUUACUAAUACAAAGAGCUCAAUACAAAGUAAACAUAAUACAAUAAAACAGAAAAACAUAAUAUAGAGGUCAUACACUGUAGGUGUCUGUUUCUUUAGCAUCACAAGCUAGGCAUUUUUUGCAAAUUGUGGCUGCUUGUGUGGAUGGUAUCCUGGCUAGAGUCUUAUUUUUUGCAACACAGACAUAAAGAAUACAUGGCAAAAGAAAAUAUCUGUAUUUACACUUAUUUAAAAAGAGCUUCUCAGCAUUGGUAUAAAUGGGCUCACAACACAUCUGGAAUGUAGUGUAACCUGUGUUGUAACAACUAUAUAUUGUACAUACAAAUGAUCUCACAACUUCAUUAACAAUUAACAUAUUUUUGUCUUUUGAUUUAAAGAGUUGUCAUUAAAUAUCAGCUUUUCUUGUUGCAAUUCUGAUGUUUAUCUUCAGUGCUAAAAGUAAAAGUGACCACAGACACUCUGUGGGC